AUGAGUGACUCUCAGCCUCCUUCUCAGGUUCUGGUUCCUACAAAGGACCAUAGCGAAGGUCCUCAAGCCAAAAAGCCCUGCAUGAAUGACACGCCACCCAUUGCUUUGACACCGGCAGAUGAUGGGAGUGAUUUUUACAACACACCCUUGAAUGCAAGCACCCCGGUGACGAACAGCGACCUCAACGACAAGCAAGACACUGUCAACGGUCCUACAAGCGAUCCGAUAGCAUCUGCCACAUCGCAUCUCCCAAUUCCAGGAUUGAGCCUUGUCAACGACAAUGUCCCGGAGACUUCUUCAGAGACCCAGCCUGCUCAACCACAACACACCAGCACCGGUCAAAAUAUCGGUGCUACGGUCGCGCCUACUACUGUGGUAGAGCAGACUGCUCAGGAGUCUGCCGGAACGCACCAUGAAGCCAUGGAUUUGGACAAGGAGGUUCCCGGGGAUGCGGCCCCCGAACGGGAAGAAGGAUCUGCUGCGAACGCUUCCCAGGAGGCAGAGGAGGAACAAGAGGAUGAGCAUCCCGAAUGGGAGAUUGACUCUUCGCCGUACGAAUCUUCCGAUGAUUCUUCGACCGAUUCCUCCGACGACAGCGAUGACGACGAAGACUAUCCGAUUCUGAGCCCGGAAGAGCAGGCGCGAAUUCUGAUGCAGGCAGAGCUAGGCUCGGAUGACGAAGGCGAUGGGAAGGGUAGAUCGGGCAGCCAGCUCAAGACCGCGAACGAGCUUCCGGAAGAGGUUCUGCCCAUCCCCGACAUAACCAUCUCUCCGGAAAUGAAAAUCGUGUAUCUCGGAAAGGUGGAAACCAUGGUCGAAAAUACCAUCCUGAUCGUGGCCAACACCUCCGGCGAAUAUCAGGUGCUCGAGUCUGGCUCCUUGCUAUGUCUGGAGGACCGCACUAUCGCUGGUGUAGUCGCCGAGACGCUGGGCAGAGUCGAGAACCCGCUUUAUGCGGUGCGCUUCCCCACGGCAGCCGCGAUUGAGGAGCGGGGGAUCACGCAAGGCAAGCCGAUCUACUACGUCGAGUCGCAUUCGACCUUUGUCUUCACUCAACCCCUCAAGGGUAUCAAGGGAAGCGAUGCUUCGAACUAUCACGACGAGGAGGUCGGCGAGGACGAAGUCGAGUUCUCCGACGAUGAGGCGGAAGCCGAGUACAAGCGCAAAGUGAAGCAGGAGCGCCAGAAGAACAAGGAGGGCAAGAGCGGCGACUCCGCCAGAGCGAAGCGAGGACCCCCAGGCCCCUCGAAACUCAGCCACAGCGAACUAAACUACGACGACAGCCCGGCGGACGAUGGCUAUACGCCCCUGGCACGUCCGAAGAACCUACACGAGAUGAUGCGCCAGCAGGAGGCCCCCGUCGAAGCGGAUGGUCUCUCUGGUCACAGCAGGAACAACUCCGGUUUCCGUGGUGGCCGAGGUCGAGGCCGAGGAUCUGAUCGCGGUCGCGCUGGUCGUGGCCGCGGUGGAGCCGGAGCCGGAUCUCGCGAUGCUCAUCACGAGCGUCCCGACCGUUCUUCCUAUUAUCAACAACAGACGCAGGGUACUCAACCCCAGCCUCAACCCCAAGCUCAGCAUCAACACGCUGCCUACCUCCAGCAGUUGAUGAGCGCUGGCCAACAGCCCAGUGCCUACCCUCCCCAGCAAUACCCGUUCGCAUUCCCGCAGCAGCAGCAGCAGCAGCAGCCCUACCAACAUGGAGGAGCUUUGCCGGCUCCAUUCAACUUCCAGGUCCCAUUCCAACAGGCCUACCAACAACAACCGAACCCUUACCCACAGCUCCCCCCUAAUAUGCAAAUCAAUCCUUUACUCAUCGCUGCCCUCCAGCAACAGCAACAAUUACAGCAACAACAGCAGCAGCAACACGCCCCGGGACAACAACCACAGGCGCAAGCCCCCACCAUGAACUUCGAUCAGGUCAAGGCUCAGUUGGAUCUGUUGCGGCAUCUGAGCAACAAUCAACAAGGCCCUCCUCGUCAAUGA